AUGCAGAGAGUAGAAGAGAGAAGUUUUGGCUCGAUACAUUCUGGAAAGUCUGUAGAGACAGUGUCGCUGGGCAAGUUUGUUCCACAGCAUCCUCCAGGUUUGCAGGCUCCGACGACAAGCAUUCCAUCAGACGUGGAUGUGCAAAGACCUUUGGAAUCUAGUGCGGUUAUUCUUGAAGGAAAGGAGUAUUAUCGGGAUGCAUUGGGAACCAUUUGGAAUUUCACAGCCGCUGGUGAGUGGGAGUGGGUUGAUGAGAAUCGAAUUCCAGUUGGAGCGGUGAUCUUUAACAUGGCGGAGUUAGAGGAGGGGAGCUUUGCAAGGGAUCGCGCGCUAGCUGCUCAUGAAGUCGUGGGUGCAUCUACUCCUGGUUUGAUGGUGCCACCAAAGAUCUCUAGCUCGGUGGAGGGGCAGGGGAUCCUGAGUGGCGCGAUACCGUCAGCAGCGAGGGUGGAUGUGCCACACAGGUCCGUCGUCUUCUAUUCCGCAGGUGGCGAGUGGGAUGGGGCAUACCGUGGAGCGUCCAGAGGACCAGGGGGCAAGUCUCCAUGUUGGGGCUUUCAUUUGGACAAGUCUUGCCAGUUUGGGGCCAUUGUGGGGCAGAAUUUGGGGUUGUUGGAUACCUGCGCUUCUCAUGCUAUUCGGACGCUGAGGGCAGGCGAACCUGUCCCAACAGAUUCUGUUGAAGUUGCAUUGGCCACUGGUUGCGCGCACAUGCUUAUCAAUUCGGUGGGAACAUUGGUUACUCGUGAAACUGUUUGCCCUGUAGUUCCUUUUCAUCUUGCUCAUUCGCAUCUUCAUGUGGACUUUGAUGUGAUUGACGGUCGGUGCACGGUUGUACAUCCUCAGAAGGGUGACUUGAAAGCCCAAGUCCUUGAUGGCCGCAUUGUGAUCGAUCGCCAGGUGGCUUUAGACAUGAUUGCGGACUUGGAAACGGCGUUGGGGGAUGCAGCAGCUAGGGGGGGGUCAGGGUCUUCAAUUGACGACCUUCUGCAAGGAACUGCUGCUUCUAAGGCUAUCGCUGGAUCUGAAGAGGACGUGGUAUCUGGUUUUCUCAAUGUUGCUCGGGUGGAUGGGGUCCAUGACCGUACACAAGGUGUGGGUUUGCUUGAUUCUGGGGCUUCGCAUCCUUUGAGAUCCUUGCGUCCGGGGGAGCCGUUACCAACAAAAAGGGUGACUGUGGCUUUGGCUUUGGGCAAGAAGGAAAUGAUGCUCACGGAUGGUGGUACUCUAGUUACAAGCGAGCGGGUGGAUCCUUUGGUUCCGAUUGGCAAGGCUAGCGAAUUGGUUGGUCUUCAGGUUCGUUGGCGCAAAGGAAAGUGUACGGCUACGCAUCCAAUACUGGGCCCUCUGGAAGUUGAGACGGUCAAUGGUUGUCCUUGCAUUGCUGAGGCGGUUGCUCUACGAAUCAUUGAUGAAAUGGAGCAAAAGGGGGUUGCUCACAUGUUGCAGUCUGUACGUGCGCUUCAAGGGUGUCCAUCUGCAGACACGGAACAUUCAGUACGUGAGUGUCUUCAUGGUGCUAUGCGUAGUGGAAAUCAAGAUGACUUUAUUCAGGCAUGCUGGCGUUGGUUGCGUUGGUACUAUCCUGAUGUCCCGGAAUCGAUGCUUGUGGAUCUUCUUCCUGCCUCGGGAGUGGGGGAGUUGCUUUACAAUCGUCACAAAAGACGGCGAUUAAAGAAAACCAGACGCGUCAUCGUUCAUCUGCACUCAGGCGGUCCGCGAUUGCACUUACCAAGUAGUUGUGGCGAAGUUCUAGAAGUGGAUUUUCGUACUGACCUUCAUUCUUCUUCCGUGUGGACGUACAUCCUCUCGCUGGCAAUUGAGGGCAAGGUCGUUGCAGUGGUAGGUGGCCCGCCAUGUGAGACUGUGGCUCAGUUCAGGGGUGUUGAGGACGGUGGACCACCAGUGCUACGAGGGAGGUGUGAUGAGGGGCGUUUCUGGAAGGAUGGGCUCAGCUAUUCAAGUGAGGAACUGGCUAAGAAAGACGGCCUACUGUUUUUGAAGGUGCUAUUCCUGUUUGAGACAGCUGUUCAGGCACGAAAAGCUUUGUCAUUGGAGCAAUCCUCUUCGGUACAUGCUGGUGUGUUUUUCGCAUUGGAGAGUCCGCAAGAUCCAGAAUUGGUGGGGCAAAAGUUUUCUCAGAUUGGUUGUUCAGUUAUGUGCAGGGAAGAUGUUGCAGAAGAAGGUCAACCCAGCCUAGCUUCUCCAACAUUUUUCGCAUGGCCAGAGGUGCGAUCUUUCAGGACUCGGUACAACCUUCUUGCAGCACAUUGUGAUCAGGGUGCUUUGGGUCAUUAUAUGGUCAAGCCAACGACGGUUCUUACUUCCGAUUUUCAGUUGUGGGAGUCUCUAGAGCAGGUUCAUGUGCGCGUCCCAUGGGUGGUGUCAGUACCCGAGGAGGCUAGUCAACGGUUGGCUAUGUCUAGGUCGUGGUCCUUGUGGGCUCCGGGGCUUACAACGCGGAUCAAGCGAUGUUUGCGGGCGUGGUUGGCACACUCAUCUUUCGUGGAGCAUCAAGCUGUUUCUGAGGAGAGGGCGGUACACCUGGCCAAACUCACAGCUGAGGAAUCUGAGUAUCGAGAUCAUUGCUUGAGGGGUCACAUACCUUUCCGUAAAGACUGUGAGGUCUGCGUUCGGGCUGCAGGUAAAGAUCGGCGUCACCUUCGACAAAAGUAUGGCAGCGCUUAUACUCUUUCAUUGGAUUUGGGUGGUCCUUGGCAGGAGGCUAAAGAUCUGUAUCAAACGCAGCGUCAUGUGUUGAUUGGUACGUAUCAGUUUCCUUUGUUGGAUAAACCGGCUACUGAAGAGGGUUUCCCUAUUCCUGACGAUGUGGUGGGAGCGCAUGAAGAAGGUGAUGGUGCGGAUGAUGUGUCUUUAGAGCCUGAAGACGGGGAUAUUGUGACUCCUGACGAGCGUUUGGAGGCUUCGGAGGUUGAGGUCAAAAAGGUUAUCGAGUCAGAAGAGGCUUGGCGUGCUUUGAAGGAUCAUGCCACUAAACCAGUGCGCAUGAUUAACUUCAUGAUUGCCGAACCUCUCAAAAGCAAACACAGAUCGGAAGUUUUAGCCGCUACACAGCGUAUCUUGGUCAAGCUUCAACAUCAAGGUUAUCCAGUUCUGCGGCUUCAUACAGACCGCGGCGGUGAAUUCGUGAAUCAGUCUUUCCGUACAUUCUGUGAGGCUCGACAGAUUUUUCGUACUACCGGGGACCCCGGAUCACCACAGAGUAACGGUCGCAGUGAAGCUACGGUUGGGGUGUUCAAAAAAGGCGUCCGCGCACUGCUAAAGCAGGCCAAUCUGGAUUCAUCGUAUUGGGCACGUGCCGCUGUUCAUUGGUCAGCUCUUCGAUGGAGAUGGGCUGAACAACAGCUGGGAUUGAAGCCUCGUGAUAUUCUUCCAUUUGGUGCUCGGGUUCAUGUGCGUCGAAGGGCUUGGGAACUUCGUGAUCCGAGUGGUUCUAAGAAAGGGCGUCAGUGGUUGGAUCGGACACAGCCGGCUUUACUGUUAGGUCCAUGCACAGAGGUUUCUGGAGGCUACAUCGUUGAAGCUAGGGGCGCUAAAGAUGAUCCUGACAAGCUGGUUAUGUUUCCAACUACGGUGGUCUAUGACAAGGUGGAACAUAAGUCGUCGGUUCCGGAGUGUGAUGCCGAGUUUACUGAGGAACUUCCAGCGCCUCCUAAGCAUCGGAUGCGUUUCAAAGGGGUGGCUCGUACCAUGCGGGUUCCGAGGGAGACGGAUGCUGAGGUCCUUCCAGCGUUGAGGCGUUUCAUACCAGAUGGGUCGCUUCGUUCACUAUGCUGCACGAACCGGGGGGAGGGUCCAGUUGCUUGCGAGGUUUUGCAGGAAGACUUGGAGGUGGAAAUCCCGUCGGGUGACAGUCCGCGUGCGUGCAUUGCAAAACCCUGUUACACUGAUGACAUCGCAAAAAGUGAGGAGUUAGCGCGUGAGUGGUUGGAGCAGAAGAAGUUUUCACCACAAGAGUGUUUGGAACUUUUGGAGUCUGUGGGGUUGGAUUUUCGUGCGAAUCGGAGAGGCGACAUUCACUGCAAUGAGGAUCGCAUUCAAGCUGUGACUCUGGGACAGUAUGUUCGUGGACAUAUGUGCGGCGUGACCAAUGCUGCAAAACAUAGGCCCAUGUUCGUCAAGUACUUGGUGAGCUUUGUUCGCGAACACAAUCCAGAUGUGGUAUUCUCAUCGGUUUAUCUUUCGUGUAACACUGCCGUGGGAGUCCAUAGAGAUCGUCACAACGAUUACUCGUGCAACAAUGUCAUCUGUGCUCUUGGCGAGUUUACGGGUGGAGAAUUGUGGGUGCAAGAUGAUGGUAUCUCUAGGGAGGAUCAAUCUGCAGUGGAGCGGAAGUACGGUGAUCGUAGCCUCGUGGGCAAGACGGUGGACAUUAAGAAUCAGUUCUUUUCAUUUUCACCCCAACAGGCUCAUGGCCCUCAACCGUGGAGCGGCACCAGAUGGACUAUCACAGCAUUCACGCCUCGAGGAAGUGAUCAACUUUGUGAUGUGGAUCGGAGUUUUCUCUUGGACAUCGGCUUUCCAAUGCGCGCAUCUUCUUCGUCGGAUUGUCGUCAAACAGAACAUUUGGUCCAAGAUAAAGUGUUCGUUGAAAACGCGUUCGGUGAUGUCGGGGGGGACGAGAAUUCUGUAUCGGAUGUAGACAUUGGUCAUCUUCGAAGUCAACAUGCUAGCUUAAGAAGGUUGAUUGCGGAUCAAGAGCAGUACUUGAUUGCCGAAGUGUCGUUGCCAGAGGUGUUUGAAGGUAGUGCUACAUCAGAGUGGCUGCAACACUCUCGCGAAAUCGAACGACAGUUGGAGCAGUCUUUGCAGCAUGCAGGUUCGUUGUUAAAGAUGCAACAAGAGACGAUUGCACAGGAGGCUGGGGACAAUGAGGAGUUUCUUCAAACUCGCACAAUUCCUACCACAACAGCCAUGCAGGAGCUGGAGGAUUGGAGAGAAGCAUUGUCAGAUGAGGUUAACAAUCUCAUCACGGAGCUGCAGGUCGUAGAACGGACUACGGAGCAACAACUUGCGGAGAUGGCGUGUCAAGUGAGGCAAGCCGCGGAGGAAGAGUGGUUUCUAGCUGGUCUAGAUAUAUCCAAGGCUUUUCUGACAGCACCAAUGAGCCAAGUUCAGCGGCAGGGUCGGCUAAUCAUUGUGCAACCGCCUAAAGCAGCGGUGAAGCUUGGACUUGCUUCGCCAUCCGAGCGGUGGGUGGUGCGAAAAGCUUUGUACGGCUUGGCGGAAAGCCCAGCUGCGUGGGUGGAGUGGAGAGACACGAGGCUUUUACAGAUGCGUUGGCAGACGGAUGGUUUGGACAUGAGGUUCAAAAAGUCAGAGGUUGAUCCCAGCUUGUACCUGCUCAUCGCGACGGACUCCGACGGCAAAGAGAGUGUCAAAGGCACUUUGGGACUAUACGUUGACGACUUUUUGUUAGCCGGGAGUAUGUCCAUAAUCACAGAUGCCAUCCAACAGAUUCGCGCUGAAUGGAAAACUUCUGAACCAGAGUUCUGCGGAAGAGGUCAUGACGACAAACCGUUGAAGUUUCUGGGUAUCCAAAUCUUUUGGAAUGAUGGCGCGUACUACUUGAACCAGGAGGACUUUGUCAGGGACCUGUUGCAACGACGGGGGUUUAAAGCAGAUGCAGGCGGCAUUGGUGGUGCUGGGCCAAUGAGCAAGGAGGCGCCGCCUGACGAGCCGGAGGAAGUGUCUGUUGAGGCGCUACGAAAAGCACAGGCAGCCGUAGGAGAGCUGUUAUGGCUGGCAUUGAAGUCCAGAGCAGAUCUGGCUUUUUGCACAAGCCAGCUUUCUGUGUGGUGUACUCGCUAUCCGCGUUUUGUUGCAAGAAAGGCAGAUGAAGUGUUUCAUUACUUGAGUAGGACGGUCACACUGGGCUUAAAGUAUUCGAAGGUGGAUCCUAUGUCUUUGGGUGGUGAUUCACAGCUUCGUUUCAAAAGGAGUGUCACAGUCUUGGAAGCUUAUACGGACGCAUCGUUUGCUGCGGGAUGUGAAGGUGAAGAAACGGCGAGAUCACACAGUGGAGCUGUGGUCGUAUGGGCCGACAGCCCAGUCAUGUGGAUGACGCAGCGCCAAACCACGAUAGCACUGAGCACAGCGGAAGCUGAGCUCAACGCUGCCCUGGAAGGAACAACUAUGCUACAAUCUGUCGCGCCUAUCGUUUCUAUGCUUUUGGGGAUCAAUGAAGAUGGCCUUUCCAAAGCGCUAUACAUUGAUUCCGUUUCCGCAUGCUCGAUCAUUUCACUUGUCGCUGGUGCAUGGCGAACACGUCACUUGCGAAUCCGAGCAGCCGGUUUGCGGUCUUUGCUAAACAGUGGGUACCUGGUGGUGGCACACUUGAAAGGUGAGCACAUGCUAGCUGAUAUGCUGACCAAGUUGAUGAACGGAGCAAUCUUUGUCAACCUCAAGCAGAUGUGGCAGAUGACGACUGCUCCUACCACACAUUUGGUUUCUGAUGCAGCACGUGCAGCGGCCGCCGCCGUGGCCAUCCUCGUGGCUACUAUGUUGCAAGGCUACGAACUGGUGCAAGCAACUUCUUCGACUUCUUCGAUGACUACGUCUUCAACAACGCGAUGGUUUGAUCGAGCGGAUAUCGGAUUUCUUCUGGUAUUGGUUUUCGUCAUGGUCGCAGUCCACAAGGUCGUUUCGGCGGUGUUUCGAAGUGGCAUGAUCCGCAGUUGGUGGUGA